CAAUCAGCGUCGCGUUCUGUAUUACUUUUUGGAGAGGAGGCGCGGUUUCUCUCCCACAUCUGAGUUGUUAUUUCUAGAGCCGUGUCCGUUUUCGGUGCCGUGGCAUUCUUUCGUUGUUAAAUUAAAGACUAUAGUGCUUAUUUUGAUUUAAAUCGAGGUCGGACUGUAGCAUAUUGAUUAUUUGAGAUCGUUUUACUGUAUAUUUAACGUGACAUAGGCCUAAAAGUCUUAGUUGAUAAGCUAUUGUGUAAAACGACAACAAUGUCUGGGGAUCCGAUAAUGGAGCCUAUCACAAUCACCCUGGAAACGACUACUGGUGUGCUUAGUUCGUUUCCAGUGGUGUUAAAGAAAAUAAUGGAAACACCACCACCGAAUUUGCUCGAGGGAGACGACGAUACUGACAAGGAGAAGCUGUACCUGGGAGAUGACGUGGACAUGAGUGGGGGUGUUAGCGGUCUGGGUCCCUCCGCCGCCCUGACACCUGCCAUCUGGGACAAGACUAUCCCGUAUGAUGGGGAGACCUUUCACCUGGAGUACAUGGACCUGGAAGAGUUCCUCAUAGAAAACGGCAUCCCCACCUCCUUGGAAGGCACCACUGAUAAGGAGGGCUCAGUGGAGAGUAAGCCAGAGAAGAAGGCCUCAGCCAUGGGCACACCAAAGCCCAAGAUGGCACCAUCUCCUGGAGAGCCUGUCUCUCUGCUGCCCAUCCUGGAGCUUGACCCAUGUGAGGAGGAGGUGGUAACCAUCACCCUCAACAACACUGACAUUAGUGACACGGCUGAGGAAGACACCACCGACAAGGACAGGGAGACCGCUGAACCCCUCGACCCAGAGGAGAUCGAGGUGGAGGUGAACUUUGAACCUGACCCCACAGACCUGGUUCUGUCCAGUGUGCCCGGCGGGGAGCUGUUCAACCCUCGCAAACACAAGUUCUCAGUUGAGGAUCUGAAGCCUCAGCCCAUGAUCAAGAAGGCCAAGAAGGUGUUUGUACCCGAGGAACGGAAGGAUGAUAAGUACUGGCAGAGGAGGAAUAAGAACAACGUGGCAGCUAAGCGUUCUCGGGAUGCCCGGCGUCUGAAGGAAAAUCAGAUCACGGUACGGGCAGCAUUCCUGGAACGGGAGAACACAGCACUGCGACAGGAAGUGGCAGAGCUACGGAAGGACUUUGGGCGCUGCAAGAACGUUCUGUCUCGCUAUGAGGAAAAGUUUGGAACCCUGUAAGAGACCAAGAACACCUGGUGGUAGCCCACAUUAGUCAUUUCAUUAUUACUUUUGUAUAAUGCAUUGCUUAAUGUCCUAACUACACACCACAAUAGCUCCUGGAAUAUUUUUUCCUGUGUACCAGUCAGAUGAACACAUUGUUCCGGUAAGAAUUAUAAUUAAUAUCCAAAUAACAUAGUCUUGUACCAUUAUUGAUUAUCAUAAUUUACUAUACUGAUCUUAUAAAUGUGAGUGGUUUACUAGGGAGGCUGAUUUAAUUCUUUUUUUUUUGAUGAAUGACGUUGGUGUGAACCACCCCCUCGCUGAUGUCCCUGUCUCCCCUUCCCCUCAUAUACAACCUCUCUUUCUUGCACCACUGGGAGAGGAUUAGAUGAUCAUUGAUUUUAUUCAUCAAUUAGUUGGAUGGGUGCAAACAUAUAUAUUUUUUGAUCUGAUGAAGAAGAGGAGGAAAAGGAGUGUGUGAUGAGUGUGGAUGUUGCCAUGUAGAUACAGUGGAAUCAUAUUUAGACAGAUAUUUUUAUGUAGUUUGAAUGCUUAUGCCUUUAGAAGACUUUGUUUCCACCAUUGAUAUGAGUGGAUGUAUGUGCAGUUGAACUUUCAAGUGCUACUUUCAAUGCACCAUAUGAAUGUAUAUUUUUCUCAUGUUUUCUACACAAUUAGCUGAUAUUGGGAAGUUUUUGAGGGACAUGUGUGGGGUGAGGGGAAAAAAGGAGAGUAAUAUCACAAAAUACAUUCUAGAUUUAUUUUAGCUUGGAAGACAUUUGCUUUUAAAUCUUACAGUUUGCUUCAUGGUAGUAGUUGCAUUAUCACCUAGCAGCAUGUGAGUCGCUGUCGUGUCUUUAUGUUAUGUUGUUACAGGGCUGAUGAAGCUAACUUCUUGGCUUCCUUCUCUUCAUAGUAUAGCUGGAUCAGGAUGAUAACAACUGUGCCCUUUCCUAACUGUGACCAACAGUCCUAUCCAAUACUUCUAUAUCAGGGGACUACUUCUACAGCAGAGUAGUAAAAAACAACCGUGUUAGAAACACCAUAUACACAAUGCUUCCUGUUGUGUAGACAGUCUCCACCUCACUUGUGCUUCAAUCCAGUUUUAAUUCUAGUCCAACUAUUCUCUUAUCUUCUGAAGGUCCAUAUCAUAUAGAUAUACAGUAUCUAUGUAACUUGUCAGUUCUAUUCUCUUCCUAAUUGUUGUUGUAUUGUCAUGUUCAGAUGUCAUGUAUAGAAUCAAAUGAUGCAUGUAAAUAGUUGCAGAAUUACAUUAUAUUUUAUAGACAAUUCCUUAUUUUCACACAUAAUAUUUCAAUACAAGAAGUAUUCAAACCCCCAGGUUAUUCAUCUAUUCGCUGUUAACUGCUGUUGAUUUUAGAAUUUGUUGUAUCAUUCUCAACCAAACUUGUAUAACAAUCCAACCAACCUCUUUGUAUGAUUACUUGCUCUAAAUGGCUUCUCUAAGCUAUUUACUGAAACACUCUGGGAACUUUCUAUAGCAAUGUGGAUCCGAUCAUGAUAUGUCCUUGUGUAGGGCAGGAUGAUACCUUUUGAUGUGCUUGCCACUGAGCAUUAACUAUUUAAUGGAACUCAGACCACACCAAACUCAGACCACAGAAAUUUGCUACACAAGUCCAGUAGUAUUAGAAUAUCUGAUGCAGGAGUUUUUAGUUUUAACAAACUAGGAAGUCUCUGAUUUUGUGGGUUAUUUUUAACUGGGUGUCCCAGUUUUCACCAAGGACCCAAAAUUCCUCAAGUGUCUUCUUCCCUAGCUGUAUCAAUGCAAUAUCCAGUCUACUGGUUUACCACAGGGCAGAUCCUAUGUGACCUAAAGUUUCACAAAUCACCAUCUUUGGGAUCGUUUCCACAACAUAUUAAGAUUAGUCUCAGAUGUAUCAUUGUCCUAUGUGGAGUCUGUGUCCAGAAAACUGUGCCCAGCCUCAUUGGGUUUCUUGUGUUUUUUCAGAUUGAUUUGAUGUUCCCGUUUCAAUACCUUAUAUUUUGUAUUUUAAAAAAGCAUAUGGCUUGUCAACGUGUUCACCGCCAGUUUAAAGCUACUACUUACUACUUUAGCAAUUUACUACUGGUAGACUGAAUUUAACUCAAAUGGGUGAAUUGAGGUAAAGAGAAUGUACAACAGAAACCAGUUUUCUUGCAUUGUGAUGUAAUUACUUUGAUUCAGGGAAAGACUGAAAGACUAAAAUCUCAGUCUUCCAUUUCCCAAUAAAUCAUUAGUUUUCUGUUGUACUUUCCAGUAGCCCAAAUGGUGAAUCUUCUGCUUCAAGAUUGUCUCCAUAAUAUUUAUUUUCUUUUAUAAUUUUUUUAGAAAUUAUGAGUGAGUUGAAAAUUGAGAACAGAUAUUAGUAAUUCACUUAAUUAAUAAAAGUAGUCAUGGAUGUAGUCCUUUUGAAUAAAACUAUUGGUCCCAUUGGUUAACAAAUGAUGUUCAAGAUGGUAAAAGGGAUAGAGAUUACCCUUACCGAUGAGCCUCCUGACAUCUUUUCUUUUUUUACAUUUCUAAUGGAAUAUGUAAAAUAUUGCUAUACAUCUGCUAUAUAGUUGUUACAGUAGACAGUUAAAUUUGGGGAAAUAAACAAAUUCUUCUCUAUUGUCUGUCUAUGUGCACCCCUGGUGUGACAUUUGAUUGUGACUCUUAUGUUCCGACUUGUAUAUAUUAAUAAAGCAUUGGUUAAAUGUA